AUGUUUACAGGUAACCUCUGGAAGGAGAAGGAAAUACUGACUUCUCAGCUGGAUUUUGUGAACACAAACUGGAGUCCAGAUUUUGAAACCAUCAGAAGACAUGCAGUGAAUGUGACUCUAGACCCUGAUACUGCACAUCGUAACCUCAUCCUGUCUGAGGACGGGAAACAAGUGAGACAUGGAGAACUAAAUCCGGUUCUCUCUGACAACGGGAAGAGGUUUACAAAUUGGUCCUCUGUCCUCGGAAAUGUUGGCUUCUUAGGGAAGUUUUACUAUGAGGUGAAAGUGGAGGGGAAGAAUGAUUGGACUUUGGGAGUGGUCAGAAAGUCCAUCAAUAUGAAUGAAAGUUUUAGARRGAUCCCUAAUAAAGGAUACUGGACUGUGGAGCUGAAGGAUGGAAAGUACACAGCUCAUGCUGAUUCCCCUGUCACCCUCUUACUGAGAGAGGAGCCCCUGAAGGUGGGGGUGUUUGUGGAUUAUGAGAAGMGWCAGGUCUCCUUCUACAAUGUGGAGGACAGGUGUCAUAUCUACUCUUUCACUGGCUGCACCUUCACUAAGAAACUCUAUCCAUUCUUCAACCCUGGUGGUUCAGAUAGUAUUUCACUGGUCAUCUGUCCUGUYGAUGCRWCUGACUGACUGUUUUAAAUCAAACAAGGCAGAUACAGUAUAAACACCAGCAACUCCUAUUGAGAGACUUAAUGUACAUGAGUUCUUAGUUAUAGAUUUCCUGUCAGUCUUUGUUGUUGUUGUAGAGUGGGACAGUUGAUUGUUUAUUGGAUAGGACAGAGAGGUAAAGGUAGGAAUGUUGAAAGAGCAAUGGGUUGGACCUGAACCCAUUCUGGUACUGGACCACCCCAAACCACUGAUUUCUUUGUUUAGGCCAGGCACCACAGGCACCACAGGCACCACAGGCUUAUAUGGAUUUUUUUCUUCUUUACUCUCAUUAGACUGAAACUUUGCCAGUUGAAAGUAUACAUAAAUACCAUAUAUUAUUGUAUUACAAGCUUUAUUUAUUUUAAAAUGUAAAUAUGCAAAUUAGUCAAACUGUCCUUAAAUAUGCGCUAACUUGC